UUUACAUACAACGACGCGGGGUUCAUGUGCGCGCCCGUGUGGUGUGGAGCGAGUGGAGAGAGAUGGAGGAGCACUCCGCGGCCGCGCGGAGGCGACUGGCGCAUAUCUUCGAACACGUAGCGGGCGCCCAUGUUCUUUCCCCCCACACUCCCAAUCUCUUCCCCGUGAGCUGCAGCAGCACUCUAAACACAAUUCCGCGAAGGAGUGAUAAUACAUUGUUUUUCGCGCGCCAGGGAUCGACAUCUCAAGCCAAUUAUAUGCAACAAUCCACAAAACAGAAUUUCGAGUUGGGGGUUUCUUGCUCGCGAACUGGAGUUUCGUGUCGUCAACUUCCCGAAGGACGGAUGUCUUCAAGACCGGCUCAGAUGACCUCGAGAUUGUGUAAUUCGGGAGUUGAGACUUUGAAUGAUGCUACUCCGCAAUUCGCUAGACAAGGCAAAAUCGAGAAACUGCAGCAAGCAUCUGUUUCUACUGGUGCAACGUUUUCUAGUGAAGAUUGCUGUGAUUGGUCCCCGCGAAUGGAUGUCGCAGAAACCGGAGCGAAUUACGUAGUCACAGUAGAACUCCCCGGUGUUAGGAUAUCCGACAUACUAGUCGAAGUGGACGAACAAAACCUGACAGUAACAGGCGAACGCUCAAUUCAGCAGCAGACGGCGCAAAUUUAUCCUGAAAAUUGCAGGCCAAAGUAUCACCAGAAACAAAUCUUACAGGGUCCAUAUAGAGUAGUGUGGGCCCUUCCGAACGAUGCGAACAAGGAUAAUGUCACAGCUAAAUUUGUGUAAGGGUUUCUUCACAUCACAUUUCCAAAGUAAUGAAACUGAAGAAGGU